UGUUGAUGGCCCGUUUGCUCCCGGGGAUUCCAACUCAGUAUUUGAACAACAUUUGAGUUCAGGGGUCACACUUAGCUCCUCCCUUUGUGACUAUAUAUGGCAAAGCCUCGUUUUGAAAUAAUUUUAUAAAUGAAUUAUCAAUACAAACGUAGUAUUUCGUAGUAAAAAUUCUCAACUUUCAAGAUUUUUUUAAUAUUUCUAAUUUUUCUUCCUAAAAAUACUAGCGAGUACAAUGAGCUCUAUUUGAGUCUAUAAUGACCUCCCCUAUGUUCUCCAUUGCACAAACACGAUCCAUGCCCUUAUGCAAUAUGUUUGUUUUAGAUGAGGUUGUGAGCAUAAGAGGCGAUGGUCGGUGCCUAUUCAGGGCUCUUGCCAGGGCAGUUGGAAGGGAGACACUGACCGGAACUGCCGAGACACAAGCAGCAGACCGAAUCAGGAGGGAAUUGGUGGACAAAUUUGAAGCUGAACGCGAAAAAUGGAAAGAACGGGGAAGACUUGCUCCUAUCCACAUGGACUGGCGAUACACAUCCAUUGAUGCUGAGAUGGAGGCAAUGAAGAAGUCAACAGCUGAGGGAGGAACUCUACAGUUGAUGAUUGCAGCAGAGCUCCUUAACUUUGAUAUUGGGCUGUAUCAGAGAUGUCCAAAAAGGAAGGGAUCCCUCAAUACCCUAGCUGAGAUUGAUGUUUUUCCAUGUGCAGGGCAGACAAAUCGUAGGAUCCACCUUCUCUAUGUACCAACAAGAGGUGGCAGAGAGGGCCAUUACAACCUUUUGAGUGAGUACUUUGAAUAAUUGAUUAAAUGGCAUUUUGAAGAUGCAUUACACUUUGUUUGGUUGGCAUAUUUCCAAAUGUUGACAUUUGUUUCUGUGGUGAUUUUCAAUGCCAAUAUUUUAUUUUAUUCUGUUUCCCUAAAUUCUGUCAUUUGUAUAUUCUUAGAAAAGUGCCAAAAACAAAGAUCUAUGAAUGACUUCUUCAAACAAUCUUCAAGCAGUUAACAGCCAUCUAGUCAUCAAGGAGGAACCACUCAUUCUGCUAGGCCACCUGGUAAUCCAACACAUCAAAACACUCCAGGGAGUUCUCAGCAUGAAAACCGUAAGCCUGGCAGUUCUACUCAGGAAAACAGUGCGUCUGGCAGUUCUACUCAGGAAAA